AUGUACUUGGGCACUUUAAUUAAACCAGUCCAAAAACGUCAGAGUGCAAACACAACCGAUCCUAGGGAUUUUGGUGGGAGUCCUGGGAAGAUUUCUCCUGUCAGAACCUUACAGACCAUCUCUGUAUGCAGAACCACAACCCCCUCAGCUUUCAUGAAGAUCAUUUCACCAAGAGAAUUUGUGGAUGUGGUACUAAUGAAGCAGUGUGAAGAUGGGACUAUGCUGUCUGCUGCUACCAAUGUGGAACAUGCACUCUGUCCUCCUCAAGCAAAUUUCGUUAGAGGGUUCAAUUAUCCCUGUGGCUGUUUCUGUAUACCUGUUCCAGGAGAAUCGGACAGGACUCAACUCCUCAGCUUCUUUCAGACCGAUCUUGGUGGCUAUCUUCCCCAGACUGUGGUGGAUUCCUUCUUUCCAGCUAGCAUAGCUGCAUUUUACAGCAAUCUGACCAAAGCUGUUAAGACAUUAAAAGCGUGACAAGACCAAUUGCUGAGAUGACCACCUGAGGGUAGGAAAGCCAGUGGCAGCUUGAGGAUAGAAAUGAUGGGAAAUAGAGGUUGGCCUACAACACUUUUCUACCAGCAAAGAUACUUAGGAAAGGUGAAGUGGGAACAAUGAAUUCAGUAAGGUAAAUUUUUUACACAGCGUUUUCUGCCGGUCUGUAUUCAAAGCAAUGCACCAUCUUCUAAUGUAUUUUUUUAAUUAUUAAAAUGAAGGUUAUCACACCAGAUGCUGAAAGAAUCCUGGAGGCAGCACACUGCUGGCUGUCUGCGGGGAGAAGAUGCACGUUUUACAUCUGUGUUUGCCCAUGCUUCAUCAGGGUCUAUCAGGAUCAUUGCUAAAAUCCACUUAGCACUGCUGGCACUAGUCAAGCGCAGGUCAGCCCUGUUGUCUCUCUGCAGCUCCCCAUAGACUCCCAUGGAACAAUGGUCCUUCCUUGAAGGAAGAGUUAGCUCUUUUGCUGCUAGCACUCGUAGAGCUGCUAAGAUGUUAUGAUGGGACCAAGCUAGCAAAUGGUAGAAGCCAGAACAAAUUGGACUGCGUCUGGAGGAUCCUGCUUGUUUGUUCCAGCAGACUUCAGUUCUAAUGGUAAACGUGUGCUUAAUUUCUCUUUUCUGAAUCAAGGCCUAACAAUCUAAAUCAAUUCAUAGGUCUGUGGUCUGUAAACUUCUUUCCUCCCCUCUAUACCAAAACCAGUGAUUUCCACAGUGUCAUGAACCAAACUGCACUGACAUAGCAGUGAUAAAUAAAGCUUAAGCGCUUUACCUGCCGUUUUUCUAACUGCACUUGAAAUGAUCAUGUAUUUAAACAUUUUUCCAUCUCUUAUGGUGAGAGGUAUUAACAGGUAAAUAAUCUUUUCGGUAACCUAGUCUUGAUUUAACAGGACCCAUUUGUUUCUUUUUAAGACUGUCUCAUCUCACAGCAUUAUCUUGAGAAAUCAGCUCCUGAUCUAGUGUGCAGUGAUGCGUGCAGCUCUAGAAAAUAUUUAUGGUGCUGAUUACUGCAGGAAUGUCAGACGUUACUAUGCAUUGCCUAUAAUUACGAAAGGAAAAGGAAAUGAAUUGCUGAAUUAGAAAUUUAAAUGCAGGUUGUUAUUUUAAUGCUGUAAUUGGAUUAUUUAAUGAAGUUAGUAUGCUCUGUUUUCUGUCCCUCUAUUUGUUGUAUGUAUAGUGUAAUGUAUGGACUUGAAAGCAAAUUUUCCCACUAUAAUUUUUACCUUGUGGAAUAGAUUUUUCAAGGAAGCAGUUUUUAAUCUAGUCUCCUUGUAUACAAAGAUUUAAAAACUCAUGUGAGUGUGUUACAAAAUAAAUAUUUUUCUGCUA